GCGUUCGUCAAUCAACUUUAAACGUUUCCUCAGGCGCGUCAAAGCAAGCAUCGCGUUGUCGAGGUGGAUUGUGGGAUUGACGACGGCGCUCUGGCGAAGCGGAUUUCUGUCACGUCAGAAAUUGAUGAUAACAUUCGGCCCGAUGGGCUUGAACCAACUUAAAGUUGCUCUUGCGAGGACAAAUGAAGAUACAGGGGUAAGCAUCAGUCAACCACAGACUGACCGCCGAUCGCAAUCUUCCCUGUCUGUCAGCCAUGCACAGAGCCCAAGGACAGAACCGCCCUGCCAACAUCACUGGACCGACACAGGGUGACCAUGGGUUCCAGGGUGUGGGGCAAAGCAGGGAGCCUUUCAAAAUUAGGGAGCAAAUCAAGUUGGAGGUGUUGGAUUCAGCCGAAGAGGAGGGCUUGGCGUUGGAGAAGCAGUCGAUCGCGAUGGCCUCAAACAGCAUCUUUGAAAGCUUCUCAUCCUACCAGUCUUGCUUCGCCAGAGAACCUGCGCCUGGGCGACGCUUUACGCCUCCCUCGACCACCCUUAGCUCAGGGAAGAUGAAUGAGGGCUUACCCCUGGGGGCUCAGGAGAGCAGCGGCGCCGCCCUGGUGGGCAAACUACGCAUGGCUGACCGGAAUAUGGUGGAGGUGCUUUCCGACCACCCGGGUGAACUGGUGCGUACGGACAGCCCAAACUUCCUGUGCUCGGUACUGCCCACACACUGGCGCUGUAACAAGACCCUGCCCAUAGCCUUCAAGGUGGUGGCUCUCGGUGAUAUCCCAGAUGGAACUUUAGUGACCGUGAUGGCGGGGAACGAUGAGAAUUACUCUGCCGAGCUCCGCAACGCCACGGCCGCCAUCAAAAACCAAGUCGCCCGAUUCAACGACCUGCGAUUCGUGGGCCGCAGUGGACGAGGGAAGAGUUUUACUCUCACCAUCACCGUGUUCACCAACCCUCCGCAGGUGGCCACCUAUCAGAGAGCCAUCAAGAUCACAGUGGACGGACCGCGAGAGCCACGCCGGCAUCGACAGAAGGCGGAUGAAGGUGUAAAGCCAAGCGCGUUAGCUUUCUCUGAGCAGCUGAGGCGAAGUGCCAUGCGCUGUAGUCCACACCAUGGCCCCGCCCCCAACCCACGCCCCACCCUCAACACGCCCCCGUUCAGCAGCCCCGCCCACAGCCAGAUUUCUGAUUCUCGACAGAUGCAAACUUCUCCUUCCUGGUCGUAUGAACAGUCGUAUCCUUACCUGGGUCCCAUCUCCACCCCAACGGUUCAUCCCACAACACCAAUAUCACCCAGCCGAAACGCCAUACACUGUCCGGAUCUAACAGCGUUUACCGACCCGCGUGUCAGUCUGGAGCGUUCCUUCCCCUCGCUCCCCUCCCUACCAGACGGGCGUUUCUCUGACCCUCGAGUGCCCUACCCCACCGGAGCGUUCACUUACACGCCGACCCCCGUCACCAACGCAAUCGGCAUCGGGAUGUCGGCUAUGACGACCCCCGCCGCCCGCUUCCACACGUAUUUACCGCCGACCUACCCCGCCGGCUCUUCUCAAGGUCAGGGCGGACCCUUCCAAACCAGCUCGUCGCCCUAUCACCUGUACUACAGCAGCACGGCCGGAUCGUACCAGUUCUCCAUGAUGCCGGGGGGAGGCGGAGGCGAGCGCUCGCCACCCCGCAUCCUACCGCCCUGCACCAACGCCUCCACAGGCUCCGCCCUCCUGCACCCCUCUCUGCCCAAUCAUAGCGACGUCGUGGUGGAAGCCGAAGGAAGUCACAGCAGUUCGCCAACCAGCAUGUCCGUCGAAGCCGUUUGGAGGCCGUAUUGAGAACUAAGACUGAAGUGUUUGACCAAUAGGACGUGGGCAGCUGAAUUUGGUGGUUUCUGAUUGGAGCAUUUUGGACUCUUCGUUUUACACCGCACAGCAUGAGACUAGUUGUGGAUAGUUUGUAUUAUUAUUAUUAUUAAUGUUGUUAUUAUUAUUGUUAUUGUUAUUGGUCUCAUCAUCAUCAUACAACAUUGUUCAGCAGUGGCAGCCAUGUUUUGAGUUCACUUUUGUUUCUUGAACAUCCCAACUAUGCAGGUACACAACCCUAAAUGCUCAGCCAAUCCUUUGCAAGCAUGUGCUCCCAUUGUACACAAUGAUAAGAAAAUUGCGUUAACUUGCUAGGCAAGAUUCUUUUCGUACUGUAACUCCGCCAUAACAGUUGUUGACCUAAAAGAAACUGACGACUUACAUCACCCUGCACGCAAACAGACACGUGUUUCGUUUUGUAUUCUUACGUUUCAGUUUACAUUGCUGGAAGUGUUUGAGGUCAUAUACGUGCUUAUAAACUAUGAUAGUAACACUGCACCGCCACAACAGUAUAGAUGCAGAAUGCCGCAGAACGGGGAACGAGACGCUGCGUCACCAAAGCUUCGCUAUGAGAACGCCUUCUGCGUGACUGCUCUGAAUUUGGUGCCAGAGAACGAAACUUAUUAUACAGUCAAUAUUUCCAAGUAUUUGUCAUAAAGUGAAAGAUACAUUUCAAAGACACUGGCCUUUAAUCUUUUCUACUCUGUUGUCGAUGUUUUCUCAGCCCUUUUGACACACUGUAGCCAAGGUAAAGCACUAAGCAUAGGAAACAAAGUCUUUGCCAAUAGCGAUAUGCUCUUAAGAGUUUAAACAGACAUUUGACUCAGUAAGUUUCCAGGUUUAUGAGACUUCACUGCCUUUCACGCUCUUUCUCUUCUCACCGGGAAUUCAAGCUUUAAUGGUUGGAUGGAUGUAAGAUGGACCUUUUGUGUAAAUAGAUUGUAAAUGACUUCAAUGGCAGUCAGAUGAUGACAUCAUCGAUUGCUCAACACAAGACACUGUUCUCAACUUCCACCAUUGUGAAAUGGGCAAAUCUUGCCAAAUGCAGCUUAAAAUGUUUGUUUUUUGUCCUGUUCAACAUUUCUUUGCUGAAUAUAAUACGGUUGUGAAGAAACUGCUCAUUUCUA